CCUGAAGUUUGUGUUUACAUCCGGAAACAACAUGCAACAUAAAUGUAUUUUAGGCAUACAUUAUAAAAGUGAUUUCACAUCAAAUGGCUUGAUCGGGAAUAUUGAUACAAUAACAAAACAUGUAUCUAAUGAUCAAAUUACACGACACCUAUGCAGAGAGUAUUGAAAGUUAGUGUUACAAGUUUUUAUGACGCUUGCCGGUACUAACGGCUGACUAAUGGUAGACAUAAUGUUAACCAGCGAUAACAUUACCAGUUUGCCUGUUUUACAUGAAUAUUCAUAGACAGCAUAAAGCCAUCCUUGUAUCAGGGAUUAAGUCCAGUGCGUUUGUUUCAGUGUUAAAUUACAUAUAGAUAAAGUAAUAUAUUACUCUAACUGCGCAUGUUGUCAUCAAGAAGAACUGUUUACGUCGAUGACGAUGGAAUGUUGUAACUGAAACGUUGGUCAAAUGGGUUUUACACAGAUGGACAUUGUAUCAUGGUUUCUCAUCGUGGUCAUGUUGAUGGUGCUGGCCUUUGUGUUGAUGAAGCUGUAUCGGCUUUAUCGACUCCAGCACUAUGAGGUUAGAGCUCCUGACAUCCAACGGGGACACCGCUGGUAUAUGGUAGAUAUAUUUCCAGAGCAAACAUACUGUACCAUUGGUCACUACCGAAUAAAACAUGGAGCAACAUGUGACUCUUGUGGAGUAUGUGUCGAUGAUCAUUACAUGAAAACAGCAGACAAACAGAUCCACUGUAAACCUAUAUCGGAGAUCGGCCAUGGCACUCUUCAUCAUUGGGUUCAGGGCAAUCUACCUCUGUACAGCAAGUGUUUUAUUUGUGGUGAAGAUUGUGGAGUACUACCUCAGAUCUGUGAUGUUUGGUGUGCAUGGUGUCGAAGGACUGCACAUGAAGACUGUAAGCGAAUUAGUGAUAUGUGUGACCUGGGCCGUUUUAAGACUGCCAUUGUUCCCCCUAAUUGUGUCAGACUAAAACAAGUAGGGAUAAAAGGAAGACGACGCCUGGUGGUAGCUUCAGCAAGUCACCCAAACAUAACUAACUGGAGUCCCCUUAUAGUAGUAGCCACGAGGAAAAGUGGUAAUAAUGAAGGGGAGUUCAUUCUACGGGCAUUCCGAGGCUUUCUACAUCCUUCACAGGUGAUUGACCUAAACGAUGUGCCACCUGAGAAUGGCCUUGAAUGGUGCCACCUCCUCCCUGAUGUCACUUUCCGUGUGUUGGUCUGUGGGGGUGAUGGUACCAUUGGAUGGGUGCUGAAUGCCAUAGAUCAUCUUCGACUAAAAAAUCCACCAAAUGUAUGUAUUCUGCCGUUGGGGACAGGCAAUGAUAUGUCUCGGGUGCUAGGGUGGGGUGAAGGCUACACUCAUGGUGAUUUCAAUAUCCCAGAUAUCCUUGAGAAGAUUGGUGAAGCAGAACCUGCCAGUAUAGACAGGUGGAAAGUGGAGAUUAGCAUGAGAAGUAUUGUGAUGAAGAAAAGAAAGGUGGUGAUGAACAACUAUGCCUCAAUAGGUGUGGAUGCCUUAGUUACCCUCAAUUUCCAUCGGCAGAGGGAGAGUAGGCCAUGGCUGUUUGCACACCGCCUCAUCAAUAAGUUGUGCUACUUUACUUAUGGGACCAAGGACGUGAUGGAGCGAGAAUGCAAACACCUGAACAAGAAAAUUACGGUAGAGCUUGACGGCGAGUUGGUAUCGCUACCAGAUAUAGAAGGUUUGGUCGUCCUCAACAUCGCUAGCUGGGGAGGAGGCUGUCUACCAUGGACGUUAGACGACGGCCACCAACACUAUCGACCAGCAAGGUAUGAUGAUGGCUUGCUUGAGGUGAUGGCCCUGUACUCUUCAUUCCACAUAGCCCAGCUGCAGGUCGGGAUGGCAGCACCCAUCAGGGUUGGCCAGGCUAGAACAGUCCGGAUAACGUUACACGGAGGGAAAGUACCCAUGCAGGUAGACGGAGAGCCCUGGGAACAGCGCUACCCCGCCGAAAUAGUCAUUACGCAUCAGGGACAAGCAAAGGUCAUGGCCGUGGACACAUAAAAUCAGUACCGUGAUACAGGGGUCAUUGUCUCUCCCACCGAAACCAAGGUCAUCACCACAGCAACAUAUAGAUCUGGAUCAUUGAUGUAGUAUUUCUUUUGUCUUCUUCAUUUUAUUAACUCCCUGCGAUAAAGUUAGGGGAUAUACUGAAAUCGGGUUGUCUGUUAGUCCGUCUGUACACAUUUUGUCCGGACAACUCCUCCUAAACUGGUGAACCAAUUCCAAUUCAACUACAUACAAAUAUAAAGGAUCAUGUGUAGAUGUGCAUGCAAUUUGUUUUGUCAAAAAUUUGGUUGCCAUUGUAACUGGUCACUGUAAACAGGUUUUCUGAUAAUAAUGUAAUCUAGACAACUUCUCCUAAACUAUUGGCCCGAUUCCAAUGAAACUUCACUCUAACAUGAGGAGUCAUGUGUAGAUCUAUGUGCAUGCCACUUUGUUUUUUUUCCAAAAUUUUGGUUGCUAUGGUAACUGGUCACUAUAAACAGGUUUUCUGAUAAUACUUUUGUCUGAAUCACACAUUUAAAAUCUGGUAGGCCGAUAUCAAUGAAACUUCACAUACAUAUAGAGGACCAUGAGUAGAUUUGCAUACCGCUGUUUAAAUUCCAAAAUUUGUGUUGCCAUGAUAACUGGUCACUACAUACAGGCUUUUCGUGUCUGGAUUUGUGAAGCAAUUUUCACAAAAUUUCGAUGGAAUUUUAGGGAAUAUUUGCAGAUUAUGCAUUCAGUUGUUUAAAUUAAAAAAAACAUUGGUUACCUUGGUAACUGGUCACUAUUAACAGAUUUACAGGUUGGUUUUUUUCCUGAAAACUACAGAUUUUUCUUGUCCCGAAAACUGCUAAACCUGUCGACCGAUUUACACAAAACUUCAUAGGAAUGUUAGGGAACAUGUAUAGAUAUGCAUGCAGCUGUUUAAAUUGCAAAAUGUCGGUUGCCGUGGCUACUGGUUAUUAUCAACAGGUUUUUCCUUGUUUGGUUCAAAAUUGUGGUUUCUCUGGUAACCUAGCUACUAUACACAGGUUUUGUGUACUGGCUGAUAUCUCAUCACUCCUUAGAUAAACUAUUGAAACCUGGUCACAAGUGGUGUCACUUAUUAAUGUCUGUUAUCUUAGACACCUGGUGUUUCAAGAACCGUUACCAUGGAAAUACAAUGGAGGCUUCUGAUUGUUCAAUAUUGAUAUACAUUAUAUGUAUUGUCAUAAGCUGAAUAUUUCAUGUAUAAGUUUUUGAAGGGAAAGAAAUUACAACGGUGCUAUGCCUUGGUUGUAAAUGAAAGUUAGCGGGAGUAUUUGUUAGUUAACGGCUUACAGUUUUAGUUUUGUAUUGUACAUAUUUUUGGCACUUUUUAUGCUGCGUGUGCAAUACCAAUCUUUUAAGAAUCCACUAUUUUGUUCUUUUACAAGGGCUGUAUAUUUGUCCAAAACCGUAACUGAUUUACUCUGUCUUAGGUUAAGCAUACAUAAUCACAUUAAUUAGUCGGUUCGUUUGUAUUGAAAUCCGCGUUUUAGUAGGCUGCUACCUCCUAUACUGCAUGUGAUACACCACCACCAGAAACCAGACAUAUGCUAUAGAUUGGUCAAUAUAGGGAUGUCAUAUUUGUACUGAUAAGCUGUUACUGGUUAAAGGGAGGUAAUAACUUCAUUUUGAUUUGCAGUUUGUAUUUGUAUAAUUUCAAAGAGAUAUUACAUGUAGCUGUUGGAGUGUUAUAGUGUUGUAAGUAUCGACCUGUCAUAUAGUGACAGUGUAGAAAAUCUGCUAUCGAAUAUUCAUAAUUAGUCUUGUUUGUAAAAGGAGUGUUCAUUAGCGUUUUGAUUAACACAAGCUACUACUGUUCUGUCAUUUACCUGGUUCAUCAUAUAGUCAAACUUAUCAUCGCAACUAUGUACACGAAACACUAUUACCACAUGUCUUUUGAUGUUUGAAAUUCAGUACGCAUGCAUGUUAUUUGGACUAGAAUUAUGAUUUCCCAAUGAUUUGCGCACGGAUUAUUGAAACAAUCAUGCAUAGGUCAACUUCAAAUGACUCCUUUGAUAUUGAAUAAGUCAAAAGUUUUAUUUUUGCAGUGUAAUAUGAAGCCAUUUGAUAAAUUGACCCCUAUUCUAGACCUUCGUAAGUUAACCGUAUUACAAACGUCUUGUCGACCCUAGUAUGUCUCGUUCAUCUUUAUAUUUAUCACAGUCCCUUCAUGUACAGUAUCCCUUCUGUACGGCCAUCCUCGAAUAUACAGCCACCCCCGCUGUACGGCCACCCCCACCGUAUGGCCACCCUGGCUGUACGGCCAAUAAAAACACCGUUCAGAAAUAAGAGUAUUUUUUUUAAAUGUCUGAAAUGAUUAUUAAUAUAUUAUCAAUAAUAAGAUAUACAUAGUUUCACCGGUCUCUUUUGAGAUCGACAUAUUACAUAGUUAUGGAUUUGUUUCCUGAUUAGUAAUUUUUAUGAUCAUUGUAUAUCCGUUAUUUGUAUAUAAUCUAUAUUUAUAUUACGUAUUCAUUAUGUGAUUAGGAUCUUACCCUGGCCGUACUGAAGUGUCAGUCGACCAACCAAAUAUUGUGUCAUUCCUGUUAGCGUUGUCUAUACGAUUAUUCUGUUAUUUAUUAAGGAUGCACACCACAUAAUUGUGUUGUUAAGGUGUAUGUACUCAUUACAAGAUUCUUCAGGGCGAUUAUAUUUUGUUUGUGUUUUUGCCUUUUUAUAUGGUUGAAGUGUGCAUUUACUGCACGAAGAAGUACUAUGGUCACGAAACGGUCAGUAAUAGGACUUCCUGGUUGAUUUCGAGGGUAAAUGGAUAUUCCAUUGCCAAUCUUCAAACAUUAAUUAAUGUACGGCACUACCCGUCAAGUCAAGCAUACAUUUCCCAGGACAAAUCUUAAAUUUCUUAACAAAAAUGUUUACUAAGAUUUGUCAUUAAAACUUCCCAACAAAUAUCGUCCAUAAAUAAUGAAACAGUAAACUAGAGACAAAAUGGGCGUGCUGGGAUGACGUUCAAACAUUGACGUAAUUGUUGUAAUUGCACGCUGAAGUGGACAUUAAAUGGCCUAAGAUAAAUCCUUAUAAAAAUACAACAGCUCAUAUAACAACUUACUCUCCGUUCUUAAAAAGGUCUGUAGUUAACUUAUAUAAUGAAACAACAUAUUUGAUGGGAAUAAUGUCGGUAUUUACUCAAGGUCAAGCAAACGUAUAACGAAACAACAUAUUUGAUGGGGAUAAUGUUGGUAGUUACUCAAGAUGAAGCAAAUUGGAAGCUGCAUCGGCAUUGGAAUAAACAACUAACUCCUCAUUUCUAUACUUGUUCAUUAUACUUGCCUCACAACUAUUGUACCAUUACUUGACCUUCUUCCUCAGUGGUCUGUACCCUGAAUCCAGUUUGAUAAUGCUAUGUUCGUUUGUAGAUCCAUACAUCUUCCACUUGAAUCACUAGUACCAAUGCAGUUUGAUAAUGCUAUGUUCGUUUGUAGAUCCAUACAUCUACCACUUGAAUCACUAGUACCAAUGCGAUCACUGCCAACACGUUUAUUGACAUCAGUACUCUGGCUGUAUCUUGACGAUAACAGGACUGGAUUUUCCUCAAAAAAAUGGAAGAACUAUGAUUUUAGAAGGACUGCCCGGAACACAGCUCUUAAAGCAUUCAAUGCUGUUUGUGAUUAGAAUUACGAUGAAUAUGUUCAUUUUCGUUUGGAGAAUUCCUUAAAUGAAUAGAGACAAAGUAUCCUAUACGCGGCCAUGUAAAGUAUACACUGUUAAAACGAGCCGGUACAUGAAUCAAUAGUGACGUCUCUGAAACUUAUUGAAAAAUCACUAAUGUGUUCCAAUGUUUUAUCGGUAGCAAAAUGAAAAAAGUCUUUAUCCAUUCACCAUAAUUUUACCAAUCGGCUAAAGCAAUCGUUCACAUGCAGAUAUAUUAACUUUUGUAAAGCUGGCAGCUUUGGAAUGUUCCUCAUACGUUUUCGAAUACAGAAAUUAUCUUUUUCAACGUCUUCACAUCUUCACUAAAAUUCUUUAUUUCAUGAUCGUCCACGUUCCUCAUCAGACAACGAUACCACUAGUGUGAUCUCUUCUUAGCAUCAGCAGCAAGGCAAAUAGUGUCGGUCUGAUGAUUGUGGUGUUGUCCCCAAUUGCCGACUUGAGUAUAAUUUACCGUAGUUGAAGAUACUCUACAUUUGAGAUCUCUUUCAACAUAUCUCCAAUACAUUCUGUCCGUUGUCUUUAUGGUUUUUUUUGUUUGGAGUUGAUGGGAUGACCUCUGACCAUUACAGGAUCAUACUGAUCGUGUGAACUGAUAGACUGGAAACUUAGCCUGACCAAAGUGUGAACGUGGAGAAGCUGGCCAGACUUAGUUGAUGUUCACUCGGUAGGGGAUCUAUAAUGAACCAUUAUGAAGAUUGCUCUAUUAUAUUUGUACAAUAUCUUCAUGUUUGCUUUAUUUUGUUCUUGCUUAUGAUUGCAAUAUGGAUGUGUCUUAGCUACUCAAAGUAUCGCUACUUAGAUCUUAAUCAUUAUAAAAUUGAAAAGAUAAUAAACCAUUUAUGGUAA